AAUCAAGAUAAAAUCAUUGAUCUUGAAGCUGAUGGGAGUGACUCGCUCGAAGGUUUUUUGCUUUGCCAUUCGAAUGCUGGUGGUAUUGGAUGUUUCAGUGCAUUUAUGUUAGAAAAACUCAAUGACAGAUUCCCUAAGAAGCUCAUUCAAACAUAUUCAGUUUUUCCAAAUCAAGACGAAAUCAGUGAUGUCGUUGUCCAGCCAUAUAACUCUUUGUUAACUCUUAAACGACUAGCAUUAAAUGCUGAUUGUGUCGUUGUUUUAGAUAACACGGCUCUCAACAGAAUAGCUGUGGAAAGAUUGAAGCUUACUAAUCCUUCAUUUGGUCAAAUAAACUCUCUUGUUUCAACUAUUAUGUCUGUCAGUACCGCUACUUUAAGAUACCCAAGCUACAUGAACAAUGAUCUGAUUGGUUUAAUAGCACCUCUCAUUCCUACACCACGACUUCAUUUUCUGAUGACAGGAUAUACACCUUUGACAACAGAUCAAGAAGCGACAAAUAUUCGUAAAACAACUGUGCUGGAUGUGAUGAGGAGAUUACUUCAACCAUCAAAUAUGAUGGUUUCAACAGCUAUGCAUGAUAAGAAUCAGGGCCAUUGUUACAUCUCUAUUUUGAAUAUUAUUCAAGGAGAAGUUGAUCCUACUCAAGUGCAUAAAAGUCUACAGAGGACAAGAGAAAGAAAAUUGGCUCAAUUUGUGCCAUGGGGACCUGCUGGUGUACAAGUAGCCCUGUCUAAAAAAUCUCCUUACAUACAAACUUCUCAUCGAGUUUCAGGUUUGAUGCUCAACAAUCUUUAAUCUUCGACCAAUCAUCAGUAUUCAUAAUAGGCUAUAACAUAAAUAUGCCCGAGUAUCGAAGAAAAUCUGAGAUACUAUAGUAUAUCAACAAUUUAUAUCGACGAUUAUGAGUUCCAGUUCUCUAACUCUAGCACUGAUUUAUUGUACAGAAACAGAAAAUUUUAUUUCCCAAAAUAAGUGCAUUUACUGGUUGAUCACCAAAAUUUACAUCAGUAAAAUGAGUUUUAUGACAAAA